GUUAUUAAUGAGCAUAAGCAACUACAAAAUGAAAAUACUAAUCUUAUUUCGCAUAACGCACAAAAGGAUAUUUUUAUUGCUGAAUCCAAGGCUGAGAACGUUACAAAAUCCAAGAAAAUCAAAUCACUUGAGUCUAUGAUAAAGAUAUUGGAAAGUAAGUUAUCUUCAGCCCAGAAAGAUGUGAUUUCGAUUCAAAAUGACUCAUCGAAAAAAGAAUUCGAGAUUUUAUCUCUCAAGUCUAAAAUAGUUGAAGUAGAACAUGAGUUAGCCUCGAAAGUCAUUAUUGAACCUAGCAAAAAUCUCAGACAAUAUUUUGUACACAGAAAAAGUAUGGAUCAAGCUAAAAAAAUCGAUAAUGAUAUCUCGGCACAAACUAGCACUUUUGGUACUUGCUUUGUUAAUGACGAGAUUACCGAACUACCAAAAAUUGAUACAGAGGUUAAUUCCGAAGUAAAGGAUAGAACUAACAUUAGUGAAAUUAACAAGGAUGAUAUACUAGAUAUAUCGAUAAAACCCAAUACAUCGGAGGCUAUGCCUCAAAAUGUGACUCCACACCUUAUACAACCGGAUAAUAAUAUGUCCGCUUUAAUUGAAUCGAAUUCUCAGAUGAGGUCUGGUCCCGAGGCUUUGCCUCUUCCGAUAGGAGGAAUAGGAGCGAUCCCUGUUAUGACAAGCACGUUGAUGUCACCUUUAUCAGCAUAUAUUUCUCUUACUCUAUUAAUUAUCAGUUAUGUGGUUCGUUAUAUUGAGACGUUCAUGGGAUUAGAAAGGAAAAGUGAUCAAUUGCGGGAUAUGUGGAUCGGGUAA